UGAAUCCUGUGUAGACUGUUACCAGAACAAGAAAGUGACAGGAAGGGGUGGUGGCUGAGAAAGAGAGGUGAUAUUUGACCCAUUACUUAUUUAUUUACGCCUUUACCACACCAUGGCCAGGCGCAGGGACUACUCCUACAUCAGUCCCUGUGUUAAAUGGACGCUUUUCACUUUCAACUUCAUAUUUUGGGUGUUUGGGUUGCUGUUAAUGGGAAUAGGACUGUAUGGUGUAGUUUUCACCGCACAGGACCUCCACGGGCUUAAGUCGGUGAAGAUAGCAUACAUUGUGCUGACUGACCUGUCUGGUGUGAUGGUGGCCCUGGGCAGCAUCAUAUUUGUUGUCUCUUUUGCCGGCUGUGUGGGCGCCCUCAGAGAGAACCUGUGUCUCCUCAAACUGUAUUUCUGGAGCCUGACCAUCUUCCUCAUCGCUGAGCUCCUCUUCGCCAUCGCCUGCAUCAUCUUCCCCUGGAAAUCGCGAGAGAUAAUUGAGAGUGUUCUGUCCAAGAGGUUGAUAGAGGAUUACAGAGAGAGCCAGAACACUCAGAAUUUUGUGGACUUCCUGCAGAGAGAGUUCGAGUGCUGCGGCAUCACAACAGACGGCUACCAGGACUGGAAUGCCAACGAGUAUUUCAACUGCUCCGACCACAGCCCCAGCGCAGAGAAGUGUGGGGUGCCGGCCUCCUGCUGCAUCCGAAAGAACAUGACAUACCUGAAUCCCAUGUGUGGUUAUGAUGUACAGAAGAAGAAGCAUCAUGAGGUUUCUGAGAUCAUCAACCACAAUGGCUGCGUAACAUCAAUUAUUCAGUUCUUGGAGUUAAAUUUGUAUUGGGCAGCAGGAGUCAUCUUUGGCAUCACUCUCUUCCAGAUGUACGUGACCCACCAGGCCCGCUCCCUGAUGGACCAAAUAGCACUGCAGCGGUCAAGAUGGGAGAGAGAGAUGGGAAUGCUUGGCCCUCACAGUCACUCACAGACAAGAUACCACAGACUCUUGAGUCGAACUGACACACCUUACUACUAAGAGAGAGAGAGAGAGAGAGAGAGAGAGAGAGAGAGAGAGAGAGAGAGAGGAAGCACAUAUAUGUAACUAGUGAUAACAGACAUUAUGGUUACUACUACUACUACUACUACUACUACUACUACUACUACUACUAACUACUGCUACUACUAUUAUCACUGAAUGUGCCUUGGAAACAGUACAAUAUUUCUCCUUUAGACAAUACGAGGUUUGGUGUCUAGAUGUUUGUAAAGGUGUGUAUUGCUUCUGUUUGCACUACACAAGAUGCACUCUAUAAAUAUUUCUGUGUUU